AUGACUGAUGCUAUUGAGGCAACCCGCUGUGAAUUUAUUUCAUCAAUCCUGCAUGCUUCCCUUGCAAUCGCUCGAAGACAAACUAAAGAAGAAAAAGUUUAUAUAUCCUUACAAAAAGAUAUCUCGGGUGAAGAUGUAACUGGCCGUAUUAAUUAUGCAAUUAAGGGGAAGGAGGACCUUAUGUGCAUCGCUGAGGGGAAACCACGUAAUAUCAAAAUCGGUUAUCUUCAGAACAUCAGACAGUGGAAAGUGCGUACCAUACUAAUAAAGAUAAUAGAAAGCGAACUGCAGAACAAGCUUUUAAUAAUGAUGAACAUGACUAUCUUUACGGGAUCGUUACUACAAGUAUUACCCGUGGUAGCUCUGUUAUAA